AUGAGUGACGAGCUCGGAAACAAAUCAAGCGUAUUGAGGUCUUUUGCCACCAGCAUCUAUGUCCUAGGACUCGCGUUCGGACCAUUGGUUCUUUCGCCGCUCAGUGAGAUUUACGGUCGGUUACCAGUCUUAAACUUUGCCAAUCUCUGGCUCGCCGUUUGGCAAAUCCCUUGCGCAAGGGCUGGCAGUAUCGGCAGCCUCAUUGCCUUCCGUUUUCUGGCUGGCGUAGGCGGGGCUGCGUCACUGACGCUGGGCGGCGGACUCAUAUCGGACAUGUUCUUACUGGAGCAGCGCGGUACUGCUAACUCCAUCUUUAGUGUUGGGCCACUGUUUGGCCCUGUGCUAGGGCCCAUACUAGGAGGCUUCAUCUCUGAAAGGGCCGGAUGGCGCUGGGUCUACUGGGUUCUUCUGGCUGCGUGUAUUACCCUGGCCGUCAUUGUCUUUGGUUUCAGCCGCGAAACCAACCACGUGGUAUUGCUGCGCAGGCGUACAGAGAAGCUCAGAAAGGUGCUGGGGAGAGAUGACUUGGUCAGUAUCUACGAUGUCAGCACACCCAGAACAAGUCGCAGAGAGCUGGCCAUACUCGCUGCUGGAGUCAUCAAACCAUUCCAGUUCAUCACCAGGUCGCCAAUCGUCCCUCUCUUGGCAAUCUAUAUGGCCUUUGUUUUUGGCCUCCUCUACCUGCUUCUUACAACUGUCGCCGGUGUAUUCACGGAUACAUACGAUUGGCCUCUGGAGAUUUGUGGCCUUGCUUAUCUAGGACUCGGCUUAGGUUUCGUUAUGGGGCUUGUUAUCACAGCUUGGACCUCGGAUGCUACUGUGAUACGGCUCACAAAAGCUAACAGAGGAGGAUAUAAGCCAGAAAUGCGACUAGCCCCGUCCAUCAUUUUUGCUCUUUUCGUUCCUAUCAGCUUUUUCUGGUACGGCUGGGCUACGGACCAACAAGUUCAUUGGACCGUUCCGAUCCUAGGUCUGGCUCCAUUUGGAUUUGGUAUGAUGGGUAUUUUUGCGUCCAUUCAAACCUACUUUAUCGACAUUUCAGGCCAUUAUUCGGCCUCUAUACUUGCUGCUCUUACAACAGUGCGCUGCAUCUUUGGUUGCUUCCUCCCAUUAGCCGGACCACAGAUGUACGCCUCUCUGGGACUUGGCUGGGGCAACUCGCUUCUUGGUUUUAUUGGGUUGCUUUUAAUUCCGGCGCCCCUAGCUAUUUAUCGCUUUGGAGGUGGUCUUCGAGAGAAAUACCCUCUAAUGCUCUGA